GACGGCAGCGGCUGUGGCGGCGGCAACGACGGUGGUUUUGACGACGGCGAGAGGCCCGCGAUUUCUAAGCGAACCGACGACGGCUCCGUCCCCAGCCAGGCUCGUCCUUAGGUCAGUCGUUCGCAGCGCGGCGACGGCGUUGCCUCGCUUCCGGAGCCGAGUAUCGCAUUCUUCGCGAGCCACGUGCUCCGAGACUCGCGGAUCGAACCUCCCGCCAAGACUCGCGGGUGCCUCGAGUACGCGGCCCCCAUGUGCGGCCCGACAGUCCCCCGCGAACGCCGAAGGACGGCUUGAGCGCGCGGCCCCGCCAGCUGAGGUUACGAGCCCGAGAGGAUAACCGAUGAUCUGCCAGUGAUCCAAUAUGGCGUCGACCGACCUGUCGUUCGGCUCCAUACCAGCAUUUUACAGAGAUGUCUACGAAAGAAUUUGUUCGUCUAGCAGCGGCAAUGUGGAAAGGGAGGUGUUCAAGCUACUUCUUGUCAGGUCUCAGCUGAGCAGUUCUGUCCUUAGUCAGAUAUGGGAAUUAGUGGACAGUAAAACUGGAUAUUUGACUAGAAGUGGCCUGUAUAAGGGAUUAGCGCUUGUGGCAUUGGCUCAACAAGGAAAGCAACCCAGCGAUAAAUUAUUGGAAAAUACAGAAUCUCAAGAAUUACCAGUACCGAAAUUGGGUGACUUGUCUGAAGUUACGAUUCUUGCACAGCGAUUACAAAGGGGUUACAACCCUUCAAAACUGAAUUUCACGUACUCCGACAUUUGUAAUUUAGACACGAUCGAGGUGAAUCUCGUUCCCGAAAAAAAGGGUAUUUUUCUUAAACACGUUGAGUAUCAGGUGACGAGUAAGAGGUUUAAUUCUAUGGUGUACAGGCGAUACAAUGAUUUUGUUUCACUUCACGAACUACUUUUGGCUAGAUUUCCAUACAGGCUAAUACCAAAAUUACCACCAAAGAAAAUUGUUGGAGCUGACUCCCAGUUUCUUGAAGAGCGAAGGCGUUCUCUGUUACGCUUCCUGACACUGAUAGCUCGACAUCCGGUUGUGGGUCAAGACCCGAUCGUCCAGUUUUUCUUCACAUACACGGGCGAGGAGACGCAGCACAAGAUACGCGAGGCUUUCCGCCGUAUGCCCGACGAGUUCGCCACCUCGGAGCUGUCGAGUUGCGCCAAGGAGCUCGUACCCCCGGAGACCCUUACCAAGUUCGGUAAUGCCAGGGACCAAAUAAGAGUCAUACUCCUCGGUAUCUCCAGACUCAAGAACAUUGCCGACUGUCUGGCAAUAAGGUCCCACAGCUACGCGAUCGACAUGGCGGAAUUGGGAUCGCAGCUCAACAGCUUGGCUAAUGAAUCGCAUGUCACGAGCUCGUGGGCGACCGGUGGCUCUACUAUUUGGCAGGAUAUGAAAAAGGGCUUUCACAUUAUUUCCAAGGAAUUCGGCUUGUUGUCAACGAGAGCUCUGCAGCAGACAGUCAGAGAGGAGACAACAGUAUGCGAGCAGCUGAAUCUCCUGCUGGAUCUUCUGAUAGCGCAUAGAACAUUAUGUGAGAGGCACGAGCGCGGUGUCAGUGUUGACCAUCAGCGUGCCUUAUCCACCAUGUUAGUUCUGAAAAAGCGGCAAAUGCAAGGGGUUAUUCGGGGCACCGAUGCAGAUACGGUAGAGCAUUUGGAAAAUAGGAUGGUUGCUCAAGAGUCCGUUAUUGCCAAUGUCGAACUAAGGAACCAAUUUUCACUUCAUUGCCUACACAUGGAAACUCAAUUAGUGCAUGCACACUUAGAAAUUUUAGCUACAGUUUUACAAAAUCUUGUUAAUGUUCAGAUACGUGGUCAUUCAGAGUUGGCCGAAGUUUGGAAAUCCAUUGAACCGACCAUCAUGAAAUGCUUGCCAGAAAAAACAUCCAGCUCAAAUGGUGUAUCGUAAAGAAAGGAAAAUUAUUAUCCUGCCUUAAUUAUUGCUUUAAGGAUGAAAGAAAAAGUUCAUA